AUGGAGGGGUCUCCGCGGAGCGACGGGGACCGCCUGUGCAGCGCCGCUGCCCGCGGGGACCACGAAGAGGUGAGGAGGCUGCUGGACGCAGGCGUGGAUCCCAACGGGACCAACGCCUUCGGAAGAACCCCGCUCCAGGUGAUGAUGCUGGGCAGCCCGCGGGUGGCCGAGCUGCUGCUGCGGCGCGGAGCCGACCCCAACCGCCCGGACCCGCGCACCGGCUGCCUCCCGGCGCACGACGCGGCCCGAGCCGGCUUCCUGGAGACGCUGGCGGCGCUGCACCGGGCCGGGGCACGCCUCGACCUCCCCGACGGCCGCGGCCGCCUGCCCCUUGAUGUGGCGGCGGGGGGCCCUCACGGAGUGGUGGGGCGGUACCUGCGCGACCCGCCGCCCCUGCAGGGAGCCGGCGGAGCCUCCGAGAAGGCUGUGCGCUGA